CGUGGGCGGAGCAAUAACUCAGUCCGACGCAGUUAAGCGAGAGCCUGUGGGGCUUGAUCUGCAGCUCUAUGAGGGCCAUAGAGGGGAAACCCUGGGACAUUCGGAGGAGGAUUGGACUAACUACAGAACUAUGCAUUCAGCUUCUCCAUUUUUAGCUUGGCAACACAGUAUUAUUAAAGAGAAAUAAAGUCUUCCGGACAGAGUCCUGUGUCCCAUGUCCUCACCGUACACUGAAAUCACGUCUGUUAUAUGUACUCUAGUUACAACGUGCUUUCGCUAUAGAUAGUCAUCCCAAGGUACAAAGAUCUCACCUGUUGGACACUACCUGACUUUUUUUUACUACCUGACCCAGAACUUCGCAACAGCAAUGGUUGACACACAGAUGCCACUAUGGUCAAUGAACUUUGGGAUAAACUCAAUGGACCUGACUGACCUUGAUGACCACUCUCAUUCAUUUGAUAUCAAGCCAUUCACUACUGUUGAUUUUUCCAGCUUUUCAUCAUUACACUAUGAAGACAUCCCUGCAAUAAGAACAGAGCCCACAGUAUUUGACCAUAAAUAUGAUUACAGGUUCCAGGAAUACCAAGGCAAUUUCGAUACAAUCAAAAAAGAACCCGCUUCUCCGCCUUACUAUGCAGAAAAAGGACAGCUGUAUGCUAAGCUGCAAGAUGAAUCCUCAAAUUCACCUUUGACGAUUGAGUGCAGAGUUUGUGGGGACAAGGCUUCAGGAUUUCACUAUGGAGUUCACGCCUGUGAAGGAUGCAAGGGUUUCUUUCGGAGAACAAUCCGAUUGAAAUUGAUCUAUGACAGGUGUGAUCUAAACUGUCGCAUCCAUAAGAAAAGUAGAAACAAGUGUCAAUAUUGCCGGUUCCAAAAAUGCCUUGCAGUUGGAAUGUCUCACAAUGCAAUCAGAUUUGGGAGAAUGCCUCAAGCUGAGAAGGAAAAGCUUUUGGCAGAGAUAACCAUUGAUGUGGAUCAACUCAGCCCUGCAUCUGCUGAUCUGCGUGCCCUCGCCAAGCACUUAUAUGAAUCUUACCUGAAGUCCUUCCCAAUAACCAAAGCCAAAGCAAGGGCCAUCCUUACAGGAAAGACACCAGAGAAAUCACCAUUUGUUAUUUAUGACAUGAAUUCCCUAAAAGCAGGAGAUGAAGAGAUCAUUUACAAACCUUUAGCAGUACAGUCGGAGCAGAACGAAGAAGUAGAGUUUCGCAUUUUUCACCGGUGUCAGUUCCGAUCUGUAGAAGCAGUUCGGGAGGUUACAGAAUUUGCCAAAAGCAUUCCUGGCUUUGUGAACCUUGAUCUAAAUGACCAGGUAACUCUACUCAAGUACGGUGUCCAUGAGGUCAUAUUUGCUAUGCUGGCUUCACUUAUAAACAAAGAUGGACUACUUAUAGCAAAUGGGCAAGGAUUCAUGACUCGUGAAUUUUUAAAGAGCUUGAGGAAGCCUUUCUGUAAUUUCAUGGAGCCCAAAUUUGACUUUGCUGUAAGGUUUAAUGCAUUGGAGUUGGACGACUGUGAUCUUGCAUUGUAUACAGCUGUUAUCAUACUUAGUGGCGAUCGCCCUGGUUUGCUGUAUGUAAAACCUGUGGAAGACUUGCAGGACAAUGUGCUACAAGCACUGGAACUACAGCUAAAACUCAACCAUCCAGAAUCUUCACAGCUGUUUGCAAAAGUUCUCCAGAAAAUGACAGACCUGAGACAGGUUGUAACAGAGCAUGUGCAGUUGUUCCAAGUAAUCAAAAAAACAGAAGCAGAUGUGAAUCUCCAUCCACUCCUGCAGGAAAUCUAUAAAGACUUGUACUGACAGCACAAAAAGAACAACCAACUCUUAUCCACUGACAACAAUGUACUUUGUAUAAGGUUGCACUGUUUUAUUGUUAAAGGGAAAUAUUGCCUAGGAAAUCACUGUGAAAAUAGCAUUUCUACAAGAAAAGCGUGAACUUAAAAUAAGCCAUUUGGAGAA